AUGGUCUUUUCUCGAGUCCUUAAAACAACAAAGUCUACUGAUUCCAAACCAGUUGAGGAAACAAAAACAGUAGCAGUUACGUAUCAAUCAACGCCUUCAGCUGCAUUGGUCAGCGAUCUAAAAGGUAUUGUGGUCAAUUUUUUUACUAGCUUUUUGUCUCACUGAAAAUGUUGGGACGCUGUCAUACUUCCCCAAUUCGGAUGUGAGAAGGAUUUCGCAAAUUGCUGAAAAAACGAACAUAAAGCUCAUCUCAAUUUCACAGUUGUGAAAAUAGCGACUUGUACAAAGACAGAUUUUUCAAUUCCAACGUCUUGUCAGAGUAUUGGUGACUUCUUUCCUCUUCCCAGUUCUCCCAUCAAAAUGUCUAACAUUGUGUACUAGGUGCUUUAGAAAAUGAUAUAUUCUUUUCCGUAGCCUGCGUUGCUAAAAGGAUAAGCGGGCGAGUUCUGUAGAAGCAAGGCUAGUGCUGUAGUAUUGGCGGCAGAGCAGCGAGAAGAUAAGGAGGAAAUCAAAUUGAAAUCCCCUGCGCGGACAGUGGCCUGACAAAAUACCACAGUGAUAACAGUGCCAGCUACGCAGGCAACAUUAAUUUUAUCAUCACUUCCUUCUUGUCACCAGUAACAGUCCUAAAUAACUUUUAUUUUGCUUUCUGUCGUUUAUAGCUGAGAACGAUUCGAAAUCUGGCUUCGGUAACAAGAUUCUAUUGAUUGGAGUAUCAGCAGCUGGUGGUCUUUUAUUGCUUAUAAUAUUAAUACUUGUCAUCAUCUUGGCAAGGCGGCGCACGCGCAAGAGGAGACAGUAUGAAAAUGGCGAAACUUCACUGCAGGUUAGUUACACAAGAGAAAGAUCAAAUGACGUAGUCACGCGGGGUAUUUCUAGCAUUAGAUACGAGCCCCCGCUGUCGGAGCGAUUACUACCAAAUUCUCCCCACGAUGCAGGUCAAGCUGUGGUGGCCACGUUCAAACCUAGAGGUAAUUUUGCCAGAGCGAAGGCCGAAAAUACCCCUCUUUUACCAACUGAAGAUUAUCCUGAAGAAAGCAAGUUGCGCGUUGAUUUUAAUAAAGGCCAAGGGAAAGUCGAAGAGGGCAACGAUGGGCGAUUGUAUGACACUAUCGGGUGUCCCCCUGGAAACAGCAAAAACGCAGUAAAAAGUGAUGUCGAACAACGGUAUGUCACACGUGAUCAAAUGGUCGCGUCGCCUGGCAAGUGUCCGCUGGCUAUACCAGCCCAGGCUUCCCCUCAGGAAAACGGUCGUUUCGAACGGUGCAACGGGGUGGCAGCCAGUGCUUCUCCGCAAGGACACAUUUAUCAAAAUGUCCAAGAGUCUGAACACUUGUACGACACCAUUAACACAGUUAGGGAGCAACGGCCAUAUGAAAAUACCAGGGUUUUGUCGAAUCCUCGGGGAAAUAACAGUGAUAAGGACGGUGGAUAUGAGCCAAUGUCAUUAAAAUAA